CAGACAGCACGCAGGACGUUUGCGCAACUGCGUGACGUAGGACGUUUGAGUUGAGACUUGUGUGGCAUGGUAAUGAGAUGACAAGCUCAACGUUACUCACAAAUUCCACGAGAAAUAGGUGAGAACAGCGAAUUCAAGUUAAAGGUUGCUGCUCAGAUGAGGAGGGCUUGCCUGAUUGACCUUGUGUGUUGCCCUCUGUUGCCAUGGCAACACCCUAUUUUCCCACAGUCCUGAUCCUCCUUUCCCUGUCGUCCUUCACCUUCUUGAUUCUGAGCCUCCUGCCCACCGUUUCCCCUUCCGUUCCCUUUUCUUCGUCCUCUCCUCCGUCACCUUGGCCAUCGCCAUCCUGUGGCCUGGGUCAGUCCUGGGCUGUCCAGCUCCAUCCUGUCCCACAUGAUGAGGAAGAAGACAGUGAACAGGGUUCUGUACACCUUGAUGUGAUAGCCAACAUGGUAGCAGAGCAGGCUGGGCUGCAGAACCAGGGCCAGAUUGGGCAGCUGCAAGGCCACUAUUUGAUGUGUUCUGUCCAGCCUGGACCUGAAUCUGUUUGGACCAAGGGUGUUCAUCCUGGGGACGUCCUAGCAUCCCACCCUCACGUCCUGUGGCACUCCCAGGAGAGAGUGCUUAGCCGCUCUAAGAGAUCAAUGGCCUUCAAUGACCCCCGCUACCCUAAACAGUGGCACCUGCACAAUGACCUCAAUAAGGGUAUGGACAUCAACGUGACAGGGGUGUGGGAGCACAACAUCACUGGCAGAGGAGUCACAGUGGUGGUGGUAGAUGACGGGGUGGAACACACCCACAAGGACAUCCAGCCCAACUAUAGUCCAGAGGGCAGUUACGAUCUGAACUCUAAUGACCCAGACCCAAUGCCUCAUCCAGACAUCCGCAGUGACAACCACCAUGGGACGCGAUGUGCUGGUGAGAUCGCAGCCGUUCCCAACAACAGCAUCUGUGCUGUAGGAGUUGCCUACGGCAGCAAAGUGGCAGGUAUCAGAGUCCUGGAUGGCCCGCUGACAGACAGCCUGGAGGCCAUUGCCUUCAACAAGCACUACCAGGUCAAUGACAUCUACAGCUGCAGUUGGGGUCCAGAUGACGACGGACACACUGUGGAUGGACCCCAUCCUCUGGGCAAGGCGGCGCUGCAGCACGGGGUGAUUGCAGGCCGACGAGGCUUCGGCAGCAUCUUUGUGGUUGCCAGUGGCAAUGGAGGUCAAUACAAUGACAACUGCAACUAUGACGGCUAUGCCAACUCCAUUUACACCAUCACUAUUGGUGCGGUCGAUGAGAAAGGCAGAAUGCCAUUCUACGCUGAGGAGUGCGCGUCCAUGCUGGCUGUCACCUUUAGCAGUGGAGGGAACAAGCUGAGGAACAUUGUGACUUCAGACUGGUCUAUGCAGAAGGGCACUGGCUGUACAGAAGGCCACACUGGCACAUCUGCUGCGGCCCCCCUGGCAGCGGGAAUGGUAGCUCUCAUGCUGCAGGUGCGUCCCUGCCUCAGCUGGAGGGACAUCCAGCACAUUAUCACCUUCACCGCCACCAAGUGUGACAACAGUGCAGACUGGAAGAUGAAUGGCGCCGGUUUCUAUCACAGCCACCAGCACGGCUUCGGUCUACUCAAUGCAUGGAGACUCGUCAAUGCUGCCAAGGUGUGGGAGUCGGUACCGUUCCUCGUGUCCUAUCAGAGCUCAGUGAUAAAGGAGGAAGCAUCCAUCUCAACUUAUCCAGACGAGUUGAUCCGUACCUGGAAAGUCUCUGCUGCUGACCUGAAGCGGUCUGGAAUGGAGACACUGGAGCACGUGGCCGUCACCGUGACGAUAACCCACCCUUGCCGUGGUAACCUAGAGAUUGUGUUAGUCUGCCCCAGUGGUAUGACAUCAAUCAUCGGGGCACGCCGUGCCAUCGACAGAGACCCAGCAGGUUACCAGGACUGGACUUUCUCCACUGUGCGCUGCUGGGGUGAGAGAGCCCAAGGCCAGUACACCCUCAAGAUCUCUGACCACAAAGAGCCAUCGUUGGAGCAAUGUGCCACUGUGGGAGUGCUGAAUCAGUGGGCGUUGACCCUGUAUGGUUCAUCUAUGAACUACGGCGAGGUCAAGGACAGACAGAGGCUGGUGGACGAGGCUAUGAGUGGCAGAUAUCUGGACAGCAACUUCUCUCUGCCAUGCCCUCCAGGCCUGGACAUCCCUCCAGAGAUUGUCAGCCCCUUCACCUCCAACAGCCUCAAGUUCCUGCUGUUGCUGGGCUGUUUUGCUCUAUUCUGGUCUCUCUACUAUACACUGGAAGUCACACUGGCCCACCUGGACCUCAGGGGCCUCCUCUGCCUUCGUAGGAGACGGGGUGGUUACCGGGCCAGGAGGGGGCACCGAGGCAGAGGAGUGGAGGAGGCUUUGGUGGAGGGGCAGGAUGAUGAAGAAGAGGAGCGGGACUCAGGGGUGGAGUUGCACGCAGUGCUGGACUCCGAGGCCAAACAGACGCUUUUGAAUGGCGAGCGGCUGGCAACAUAGCACUGAGCCGUGGUCUGAAACCUCUCACUGUCUGUGCUCAUGAGACAUCUCAGGCUUUUCAACCUCUACUUGCAACCCACUCGUCUCCCAGUCAAGUCUUAUCUGUGAUGGUUGGGGGUCACAGUGUGGACUGUCGCCUGAAGAGCAGACUCUAUGUCCUCAUCUGCAUUCCCCAAACACGUGGCCUUGUAUGACAAUCUGUAUUUGUGCCGUGUAAGUAUGGUUAGGAGUGUGUAUGUGUGUUCCUGUUUUCCUAGCGGUCUCAUUAAUGUCUUUAAGAAGAAGAGAACAAAUUAGCAAAUUCCUUUUCAGGGGCUGUGAUUUUCAUCAAGAUUAGGUUUGGGUUCAAGGAAACACUGGAGAGGGAUCUAAUAGUGUUUAAUGCUGGUACAGUUUCAUGUUUGCAUGUGUGAAAGUCUGCAUACAGACUGUCUGUAUGUAAAUGUGUGGCAAGACACAAACUGACUUUACAGAUCGGAGGGAUUCACUUUUAUGGACACCUCUAGGGUUCCUUAAACCAAGAGAAAGAUAAAAAUACGAUGUGCACUACAAAGAACAAUAUGCGUGCGUGUGAGUGAGCGUGUGCUCGCUUGAGUGUGUGUGUGCCCUGUGUGUGUGGUGUGGCAUGAGUGGGUGUGCUUGUGAUAUUCAAGGUCUUCCUUGAAAGGUGUCCUCAAAUGUGAGGCUGCACGACAGUACUGAUGUAUUUUAAGAAUACGGUUUAUUUUCUGAGCUGUUAUUUGAUGCCCUUUAUUUUUAAGUCUGGGGUUAUUAUCUGUGGGUUAUCAACCAACUACUGAUAAAAACUUGAAGUGGGAUUUUCAAGUGUGGGAUUUGUAUAUGUAUUUUUUUAAGAACUGUAAUAUAUACACAAUGUGUGCCUGCGGUACAGAUAUAUAUAUCAACUGUGUUAAAUGAUUUCUACAAAGGGUUUUUAAGAAUGUAUUAAAGAGUUUUAAUUUUUUAAUGUAAAGGAGUGUUUGGAGUGAAGUUGGAAACUGUGUUUUGCUGUGCAAGUCACAGGUGAACUGAAUGAUAAUUAAAGACUGUUAGAAUUAAAUAUC